CGUGGUAAACAGCAUCAGCGAUGUCUGCAGCUACUGACGGGCCACCUGCUUCUGAACAGGUACGUGGGCGAGAUCAUCUCGGAAGCAGAAGCGGAGAUGAGGCAGAAUGACACUUACCUGUUCAGCCUUGAUGAUAAGCCACAAGAUCUAUAUUGCAUCGAUGCUCGUUUCUAUGGAAACAUCAGCCGCUUCCUCAAUCACAUGUGCGAGCCCAACUUGUUUGCCUGUCGAGUGUUCACGACGCACCAGGACCUUCGUUUCCCACACGUUGCCUUCUUUGCCAGUGAAAACAUCAAGGCUGGAGAGGAGCUCGGAUUUAACUACGGCGACCACUUCUGGGAAGUCAAAAGCAAGCUGUUCAGCUGCGAGUGCGGCUCCUCCAAGUGCAAGUACUCGUCGGCGGCCAUGGCGUCGCUGCAGGCCGACAGCACGCCGGAGAACCAGCAGCAGCCCAGCGCGUCACCUGACACCAGCUCUUCCAACAGUCCCUCCAGUCCUUCCUAAAAACCCUCGUCACACUAAACUCGGCUACACGUACACUCGGCUGACGGACACACGCCUGCCUCCACUUUUACUGUAUCUCCUCCCUGACGAAAACCACGGACCAUCGACCUUUGUGAGUCACACAGAUGCACAAUCAGAUCCUGGAAGAACUUGCGGCUCCUUUAUUCCACCUUGUGUAACAUGAACAGCUGGAGGGCGGCGACAUCACGCACAGCAAAUCUCACAGGGACAAUAAAAACUGUCUUUACAUUUCAUACAUGACUUUACCAGAAAGGAGAACUGUGCAUUUAGUCUUUUUUUUUUUUUUUAAAUGAUCGUUUGAAAUUGUUAAAUGGCUUUUCUUACAGAGUCAUGAUCGAGGAACUUUGGGGUCGUGGGACGAGGGUGUCACCUCAGCGUACAGCUGGGUUUAACUUGUUUGACCUUUGCGGUCAUUUAUCAUGAACCAUUCCAGCAAAAUUAGCUGAUAAAUAUUGUCGCCACCUUUUUGUGUCACUUCAUUUUUGUCACAGUGUUUGAACAGACAUUCGCCACCGUCAUGAAUUGCUGAUUUAACUGUAAUAAGCGGAAGAGCAAUGAUGGUGCAGAAAGUGGACUGUUUUUUUUUUUUAAUUUGCCACCUGAGCGAGUAUAGAUUAAGAGAAAGACUGUACCAUUCCUCAAAAAAUGAGGCGUUUCUAGUAUAAACAAUUUGGCUGACUUUUUUAACGUCACGUUUGAGGGGAUCUUAUCGUGUCAGACAUUUUGCCACAGUUGUGGAAGAUUUAAAUUGAAAUAGAGUUUUAAAAAAAAUAAUGGUGCUGACAAAAGUUUUCACUUUUGUUUUUCAUUUUUUUUAUUACCCCGGUGAACAUAAUUUGUAAAAUAAGAGAACGUUUUAAGUUUUUUAUGUUUAAUUUUAACUCCAGUUUUCUAAUCGUAGUUACUGUAGCUGUUUUUAAUUUUGUUUCACGAUUUUGCCGACAGAAGCCAACCCGUCUUUUUAAAUGUUGUUAGUAAAGCAGUGACUGUUGUGCAAAGUCUUGAAAGGUAUAAAUGAAAAAAAAGGUUAUAAAAAUGCACUUCCAUUACGUUCUGUUACAUAUUUCUGGACCGUGAACCAUCCAUCUAAUUGGUUGUAUCUUUUUCAAUAAAUUUACUACUAAUGCAUUUAUUCUGA